AUGACGGACUGCUGUUGUUUGAGUACUUUGGGUUUCGCUGCUGCGGCUUACUUAGCCUAUAAGCUGUUCAACACUCUUUAUAAUAUUUUCUUCCCCUUCUUCAUUAGUAGUCCAAUUGAUCUCAAGAAGAAGGCUGGUGCCGAUUGGGCCGUUGUUACUGGUGCCACUGAUGGAAUAGGAAAGGCUUAUGCUUUCGCUCUUGCUCGUCGUGGAUUCAACCUUCUGUUAGUUUCUCGUACUCAGCAAAAAUUGGAAGACACCAAGAAAGAAAUUCUUGCCAAAUAUAGCAAUGUUGAGAUCAAAGUGUUCUCUUUUGAUUUCACUGUCGGAUCUUCCGCCGAUUAUGAACCACUCUUCGCUGAGUUGAAUAAGAUUAAGAUCGGAGUCCUUGUUAACAACGUAGGAAUGAGUUACGAAUACCCUGAGGUUCUCCAUAAGGUUGAUGGAGGAAUCAAGACCAUCGGAAACAUUACCACCAUCAAUACCUUGCCACCAACCCUCCUAUGUGCCUCAGUUCUUCCUAAUAUGGUCGAGAGAAACUCGGGAGUUGUCAUCAAUAUCUCCUCUGGAGCUUCAUACCAAUUGAUGUCUCUUUGGGCUGUCUAUUCUGCAACCAAGAAAUAUCUUGCCUGGUUCACCGCCAUCCUCAGAAGGGAGUAUGCCGAUACCGGUAUUAUUUUCCAAACUGUCUGCCCCAUGUUGGUCGCUACUAAAAUGAGCAAGGUCAAGAAACAGUCUUUCUUCACCCCAGGAGCUGAUACCUUCGCUGAGUCUGCAUUGAGAUCAGUUGGAAUCGUUCAGGAUACCACCGGAUUCUUCUCUCAUCAAAUUCAAGCUGAAAUUUUCAACUGGAUCCCAGCUUUCAUUAAGGAACAUUUAGCCGAGAAGUUCAGCAAGGGAACCCGUGCUGCAGCUCUCCGCAAGAAAGCCAAGUCUCAAUAA